GGCUACUACCACCUCCGUCUUUAAAUUCUCUCGUCUACUCAUUCCCCCGACAACACAAAAAACAUCAUAAAACCUCCUCUUCUCCCUCAAGUUCAAAGUUCAGUCCCUUCCUCCUCCUCCUCCUCCUCCUCCUCCUCCUCCAAUGAGCUCGAUCCCUAGCGGACUCCGUCCUCCGCGAUCGCCCUUGGAUCCCAAGGUCUUGAUCACUGCCGUCUGGGCGGUAGCACUCGUCUCCCCGCGCCACGGGGCCGCCUCCUAUAUAGCGUCGCCUCCUCCUCGCAGCGCGAUGGUGCCGGCGUUCUAUGUUUUCGGAGACUCGAUCGUGGACCCUGGGAACAACAACGGGCUAGCGACCCUGGCCAAGUCCAACUUCCCGCCCUAUAGUCAGGAUCUUGACCCGGGUGUGCCGAUGGGGCGGUUCAGCAACGGCCGAGUCCCUUCGGACAUGUUGGCUGAGAAAUUGGGAAUUAAGAAGUUCUUGCCAGCUUAUACGGAUCCAAACCUGGAGCUCCAAGACCUUUUUCUCGGCGUGAGCUUUGCCUCCGGAGCCGCCGGAUAUGAUCCUCUCUCUGCCGAAUCAGCUAAGGUACUAUCCUUGUCGGAUCAAUUGGGUUUCUACUCCAAGUGCAUGGAAACCAUACAUUCGGAGGUCGGGGAGGAGAGAGCAUCGGCCAUCGCGUCCGAGAGCUUGUACCUGGUGUGCACCGGCGCUAACGACAUAACCAACACUUACUUCGGAUCGCCAUGGAGAAGUUCCCAGUACAACAUCUCAUCCUACACCGAUCUCACAGUCGGCUCGGCUUCGAGUUUCCUUCGGGAGCUAUACGGACUAGGGGCAAGGAGAAUUGGGGUGUUUAGUCUGCCGCCGGUGGGGUGCCUCCCGUCGCAGAGGACUCUACACGGAGGCCCCGAGAGGGACUGCUUCGACCCGGCCAAUGAAGCAGCCGUCCUCUUCAACUCCAAGCUCAGCGCCGAGAUCGACUCCCUCAACAAGGACCUCCCCGGAGCUAGGCUUGUCUACGUCGACGUUUACUACCCUUUGCUCGCCAUCAUCCAAGACCCUGCUAGAUUCGGAUUUCAAGUCUCUACAAAAGGGUGCUGCGGCACGGGGAACAUAGAGGUGACCUAUCUCUGCAACCAACUCGGUCACCCCGAGACAUGCGGCAACGACACCGAGUACGUGUUCUGGGACAGCUACCAUCCUACCGAGGUGGCCUACCAUACUCUCGUCGAUCAGAUUUUCAGCAAGUACGCACCCAAGUUGCUCUGAGAUCAUCAAUGCUGGUCAAGUAGGUUCGGCAGGAGGGAAAAGAGUAGACGUUGGUCUCUUUUUUGGCUAAAUAACGCGUUCCAAUCUUGUCCCCCCAUGCAAUUUGGAAUCACUCUGUUUUCUGU